AUGAAGAAAGGAUACGAACAGAAUUUGCAUUUAGCUGACAAUAGUCAAAUUGACAAUACUGAUAAAUUAUCUAAGAUUGAUAAUUCUUCAUUCCAGAACUAUCCUCUGUAUGUAAAAACAACUUCCCCUGGAAAUGAUUUGAAGUUUCUCUACACAAUUCACACAUCUCUUGAUGUAAUAGAAGAAAAGGUUCUGACAGUGAAUAAGACAGCUUCUGAUUUAAGAGAACUGUAUCUUGGAUUACUUUAUCCUACUGAAGAUUAUAAAGUGUAUGGAUACGUAACCAACACUAAAAUUAAAUUUGUUGUAAUUGUGGAAUCUUCCCACACUACCUUAAGAGAUAAUGAAAUUCGCCAGAUGUUUCGGAGGAUACAUGCAGGCUAUGCAGAUAUGGUAUGCAAUCCAUUUUAUGUACCAGGAGAGACCAUUACCUCAAAAGCAUUUGAAAGUAUUAUAAAGAACAUUAUGGUAUCUGAGUAGUUGUUUAAUGAAUCAUCUGCUCCUGCAUCACAGCCCUCAUUCGUUUGUAAAUUAUCUUUGUAUAAUAUUUGUUUCAUUUAUAUUUAUGAUUAAAAAAGUAUUCUGAAAUAAAUUUUUUGAUAUUAUGACAUUAA